GCGUGACCGGGACAGACGUCUGUGGCGCUCGCCGCCGGGACUGGUGCCGCGCCCCGUCUGCAGCCGACCGCCGGUCCCAGGUGCCGCGCGCGCGCUCCGGCUCAGCCGCCUGUCGCCAUGGAUAUCAUGGAUAUUGAUAGAUGGGACUCGAUGCUGGAAUUCCUGUACGAGUUGCGACAGGAGGAAUGCAUCAGGAAGAUAGACAAGGAUGGCAACGGGUACAUCGACCUGUCGGAGCUGAAGUCGGCGCUCGACCUGGUCGGCUUCAAGAUCCCGCAAUGGCAGGUGCGCCAGAUGAUCGACCAGUACGACCGCAGCCACAAGGACGGCCGCCUGUCCUUCAUCGAGUUCCAGGGGCUCUGCGUCGACCUCAAGUCCAAGGAUGUGGCGACCACCUUCAAGAAGGUGGUGUCGAAGCGCGAGAACCUGGAGACGCUGGGCGGCAUGUCGCACGCCUCGUCGGAGGGCACGACUCACUCGGUGCGGCUGGAGGAGCAGAUCGCCUUCUCCGACUGGAUCAACUCCAACCUGGGCCAUGACCCCGACCUGGCGCACAUCCUGCCCAUCGACCCCGAGGGCAAGACGUUGUACGACAAGGUCCGCGACGGCAUCCUGCUCUGCAAAAUCAUCAACCACUCAUGCCCGGACACGAUCGACGAGCGCGCCAUCAACAAGAAGGGCUUGACAUUGUACACCAAGCACGAGAAUCUGACGCUGGGCCUCUUCUCGGCCCAGUCCAUCGGCUGCAACGUCAUCAACAUCGACGCGCACGACCUGGCCAAGGGCAAGCCGCACCUGGUGCUGGGCCUGCUGUGGCAGAUCAUCCGGAUCGGGCUGUUCAACCAGAUCACGCUGGAGCACUGUCCGGGCCUGGCCAGCCUGCUGCAGGGUGACGAGAAGCUGGAGGAGCUGAUGAAGCUCUCGCCCGAGCAGAUCCUGCUGCGCUGGAUCAACUACCACCUGGAGCGUGCCGGCGUCAACAGGCGGGUCAACAACUUCACCAGCGACAUCAAGGACUCGGAGGCGUACCUGCACCUGCUGAACCAGAUCGCCGACCGCGAUGCCGGCGUCACCAUGGAGGGACUGCACGAGCCCAACUACCUGACUCGGGCCGAGCUUAUGCUGAAGCAGGCCGACAAGCUCGGCUGCCGUGCCUUCGUCUCACCGCAGGACGUGGUCGACGGCAACUACAAGCUCAACUUGGCCUUCGUGGCUAACCUGUUCAACAACCACCCGGGCAUGGACAAGCCGGACAACAUGGACCUGGAGGGUCUGGAGAACAUCGAGGAGACCCGCGAGGAGAAGACGUACCGCAACUGGAUGAACAGCAUGGGCGUGUCGCCGUACGUGAACUGGCUGUACUCCGACCUGGCCGAUGGCCUCAUCAUCUUCCAGCUGUAUGACAUCAUCCAGCCUGGCAUCGUCAACUGGAACCGCGUGCACAAGAAGUUCAGCAAGCUGCGCAAGUUCAUGGAGAAGCUGGAGAACUGCAACUACGCGGUGGAGCUGGGCAAGGAGCUCAAGUUCUCGCUGGUGGGCAUCGCUGGGCAGGACCUGAGUGACGGCAACCAGACGCUGACGCUCGCGCUGAUCUGGCAGCUGAUGCGGGCCUACACGCUGACCGUGCUGACCCAGCUGGCCUCCUCCGAGAAUCCCAUCGUUGACCGGGAGAUCAUCGAGUGGGUCAACGAGAAGCUGAAGGCCGGCGGCAAGCAGUCCCGCGUGAAGAGUUUCCAGGACCCGACCCUGGCCACGGGCUCGGCCAUCAUCGACCUGGUGGACUCGAUCCGUCCAGGCACCAUCAACUACGAGAUGGUGCGGGAGGGUGGCUCGGAGGAGGAGAACCUGGCGAACGCCAAGUACGCGCUCUCCAUGGCACGCAAGAUCGGUUCGCGCAUCUACGCGCUGCCCGAGGACAUCACUGAGGUCAAGCCGAAGAUGGUGAUGACCGUGUUCGCCUGUCUCAUGGCGCGUGACUACAUCCCCAAUGUGGACAGCAAGAAGCAGUAGGUGGCGCGUGGGUGCCGCGGCUGCGCCGGCGCUCUGUCGGGUUGGCCGGCCGGUGCGCAGUGUGCAGAUGAUGCCAAAUCACGUAUUCUUAGGACCGUGUGAGUUAUGUAGCUUCUAUUUGUGAUGAGUUUAUGUUUUGUUUCCGGGAUGAGGGUGGGCGCGGCGGCGACGCGCGGCCGCCGCGCUGCGCGAAAAUGGGCGACCUUUAUUCGAGUCGGGCUCAAAUGGGUGGCGCGGGGUGAGAGAUAGUCGCUUGCCCCGGGCCGGGUGUUGUGAUUUGGAGCGCGUGGCUGAGCGACGAGCGCUGAUGUUGCUAAGCGGCGCGAGGCGUGGUGUGGGCCGCCGUGAGUGCCGCGGGGCCGCCCGCCGCCGCCACGUUUGACUGUUGGACGCGCCGCCGGCGGCGGCGGCGGCCGGCGCACUGUUGUGCGGAGUGGGGCGUGGAUGGGCGAACGGGACCAUAGCGGCCGGGGCGUCCCCCAGGACGGCCGUCCGCCGCCGGCAGACCGCUAACUGGACGAGCGUGUGUACUAACCGCGCGCCGCCGCGCCACUACACUGUAAGGGACCGAUCAAAUCACUGCACGCCGCCAGGUUGUGAUAGACGCGUUGUCUUCUGUUGGCCGACGUCGGGCCGCCGAGCCGCAGCGAGCAUUCCUGCUGGGACCAGGCCCGGCGCCUCGCGCUGACCCGUUUACCAGGGUGGGGUGGGGGGUCGCGGGCCGGCCGCGGCCCGGCCUGGGCCUCGGCGCCGUCGGCUGUCCGGUUGUCGACGUAAUCAAACAUUAACCCAUAAGUGAAUUAUUUUAUCAACUCAUACUUGUCAUUUAUGCUGUCGUUUAUGUUUUGAGUGGUUUUCGCGUGAUUGGCUCCGAUCGUGUUUUGAAUGGUGGCAAUAGGCUGGUGUGAUCACCCGGAGGGUUGGCUUCGAAUACAUUUUACACGAGUUUA